GUCCGGCUAGUAGCAGCCAGCCCCGCUGCGCGUUCUAUUUACGAUUUCCGCACGAAUCCCGAACGGCGAGCGGGCGCUCCGGCACCCCCGAAGUUGCAAAGGACUUAAAAAUGGAUCCCGAAAUGUUUCUCGAUGUCGCCAACCAGGUGGCAAAGCUCAAAAUGUACCCGUACUUCGACAUUGCCCACUGUAUAAUCACCUGCCUGUACCUGCGCGAGGACUUAGGAGCCGGUUCCCAGCUGUUCUCGAGGAAGCACCCAAUGUCCUGCUGGAUAUCGAGCAUGUUUUCCAUUUUCGCUGGCGGGAUCUUGUCAGCAUUUCUGCUGGGUGAACCUGUCCUGGGAGCCCUCAAGAACAACCAGCAGAUACUGCUUGCUACUGCAGUGUGGUACGCCAUCUUUUACUCGCCCUUUGACAUCGUGUACAAGAUAUGCAAGUUCUUCCCCUGCAAGCUUGUGAUUGCACUGAUGAAGGAGGUCACGAGGUGCAAGAAAGUUCACGACGGUGUCAUGCACGCUGCCAAGAUCUAUCCCAACAGCUACCUCAUCAUGGUCAUCAUUGGCGUUGUCAAAGGUAACGGGUCAUCAUUUCUCAAAAUCUUCGAGCGGCUACUCCGAGGCUUCUGGACUCCAGGAGCCAUGGAGAUCAUGCAGCCUAGCUUCGCUACAAAAGCAUGCCUGGUGGCCUCGGUGAUCUUCGUGCUGGACAAAAAGACCGAGUUCGUCUCCGCUCCACACGCACUCGUCUACCUGGGCAUUGUGGUGUUCCUGCUCUACUUCAAGCUGUCGGCCAUGCUCCUGGGCAUCCACGACCCGUUCCUGCCCUUUGAGAACCUCUUCUGCGCAGUCUUCCUGGGUGGAGUCUGGGACGCCCUGGGACGGGCGCUUACUUCCAGCCGUGGUGGUGAGGGCAAGACGGAUGCUGCCAAGAACGGAAAAUCCGAAGCCACCAAAAAAAAGGACUGACGUCGCGGCCCCUUCCCACCCUCUGCGUGUCGUGUUCACUGCGAGACGUCACUGUUUCCUCCCUCUUUUUUCCAAUUUCCUCCAGAGACACACCAGCGACAAAACAAGGUUGUGUGUGUGUGUGCAAAUGGGGUCUACCGCUGCACAAGCGAGUUUUCUCUGCUGACAAGCGCCGGACUCUUGUUGGAGAAAAGGGAGCCAGGGGAGUCUCAUCAAGGAAGAAUCGCAAGAGUGUGUGCCUUGUUUUGUGUUUGUUGGGUUCAUUCUGUUGCUGUCGUCUUCUGUGAUUGUUGAACGCACACCCACCCGGUGAUUUGGACAAACUUCCCGCACAAACUUCCGUUUUAUUUACAUCUUUUUAUACAAGAUGCAAGUGACAUCUUCGAGUCUUUUAUUUCAAAGCCCAGUUCUACACACGUUGCUGUGUCUCUUGCUUGAAGGACUGAAGGUGGUGCUUGGUUGGGGCAAAGGCGGUGGUUUUAAAUGUUGUCACACUAUCGUGUCACCUGCAGUUUUUUUAGCAUUUUCUCACUGAAUGGAGCAUGUUCUAGGCUAGUCUGUAUUAAAGGGCCGUAUACUAUGUCUACUUAACUGGCAUCUGCUCAAAAUAAGCUCUCCUUGAUUGUCAAAAGUUGCACUUACUGUUCCCUAUUCUGUGUUUGAGAAUUUUGUUUUACGCCUUCUAAACUGCAUUUUACACACAAUGACGCAUAUGAAAAUGUAUUGUUUUCAGCCUUGAGAUUUACCUCUAGCGUUCAGGUGGCUGUAUGGCGCAGGUUCCUGGUGCUUAAUAUAAUGUUCACAUAACUUAUAGUAAACUCUAGGCCUGUUUUACCUCUAGGAAAUCCCAUCUUCCUGUACAUUUAUGAAAAUGAACAAUUUUUAUAAGUACUAUUUGCAUUACAGCUGAAUGAACACACCUCUGUGUGUAUAUAUAUAUAUGUAAUGUUUCAUAUAGAGCACUGUGUAGUAUACACGUUGAAGGUUAAAGUUAGGUUAACACAUACUACGCCAGUUUUACAUGGUUAUAUUUUGCAGCUUUUGAGAUAAGCCAUCAGCACGUGUGACUGGCAAGUGUGUUUUGGAGCGAUGCGACUGAAUUGAAAGACGAAGAAUUAGCUGACAAGUGCCAAAACUAUACCCCAAGAGGCUCAGACUGUGUAGCCUUUUGGGCACGACUGGCGGACCAGCCCGUCACGUCGCAGUGGGUCAGUAGUUACAACAUUCUGCUACUGAGCGGAUGAUCAUAGAUUCAAUUUCCAACCUUGGAGGCCAAAUUUUAAUGGGACGUCAUGACAAAAUGCAGGCCAUGUAUUGAGACUUGGGUGCCUGUUAUGGUUACCUGGUAGCCUUUUUUUUUUUUUUUUUGCAGAGUGUAGUUGAGGCACAGGUUUGGGAAGAAAAAAUUCGGUCAGAAAGUGGUUGGCAGGCCACAGUCAUGUUUGAUAGGCAGCGACUGGGGAUGGGAUAUGUGGCAGUAUGUUUACUGGACACUCUUGUCACAGUUCCAAAUGAAGCAGGCUGCCACUCCCUACAGGGACAAGGGCACCCAUUUAUAAACCAGACAUGGCCACUUCAUGGGCUACGAAUUCACACUGCAGAUAUGGUGUCAGAUUUGUCAAAGCUGCCCCUUAGAGCCUGGUUUUCUGCCAGCAUCGUGGUGGCAACAAAAGCCUCUGGGCGUUAAUAAACGGGGCUGCAGUUCUUGGCUCGGACUUGGCUACAAAGCGUUCGCAAGCUCGGCUCUGUCCAUUUUUAAGUCCUUUAAGAACAUCAGCGACCACAUGAAGUCCCAGCGCCGAGAUGAACAAAAAAUAGAGCAGAGCUAUGCGAAAGCUUGCAAUGAGAAUUGCUCAUGUAACCGUUCAGCCAUACUAUAAGCAGAUGAAGUUUGUUCAGCACUAGGAGUUUUUUUUUUAAUUUUUAAUUUAUUUUGCCAUUCAGUCCAGUAAACGAUGACUUUAUUUACAGAGUUUUUUAGCGUUGGCUCAACAAUGAAAGUUCACAGAAGAAAUGAUGAUGUCCUACGGCACAUGUGCCCGUUUCACAGCCUUGAAAGUCGUACACAUUAUGUGUGAGGGGUAUAACAAAGUCUGAAAUACCUGUUUUUCUUUCGCAUCAGUGGCCAAGUAUUGUGUCUUUAUGCUGACCUGGUAUUUUAGCCUGAAGUGAAUAAGACUAUACACUUGUUCGAACAGUGUUCAUUGAGAUUUUGAAAUUUGAAGCCUUCAAGGGCUUAAUGUAUGCAACAUUUUAUACUUGUAGAUCAAGUCUGCAAACAUGCACAUUUGUUCAGCGAGAUUUCCUUCGUAUUCCAGUGUAAUUGUAGGGCGACAUGUGCAAUACUUCUUACAUGCUGCAUCUUCAGUAUGGAUGUUGGCAUUGCAGCAUGCUCUUUACGCGUAAGAAAAAAAUUGUGGUGCACUGUUACAAUUAGCACUUGAAAACCGAGUGUGUUGGUGCUGCUGUUUCACGUACUAGCGCAGCCAUUGAUUUGAUAGCACAUCAUUGUAAUGAAGCCUGGCAGCAAGUUAGCGGCACCUGCCACUUUUUGCUGUUCUCAACUGUUAAAGCUGAGCAAAAAAUUGUUGUGUUUUGCUCCCAUAGUGUCUACCUUCACAUGGAAAAUUGUGUGCACCAAAUUUAGGAGGACACAGCAGGCUUCCAUACCGACGACAGCUCACUUGCACAGUUGCAAGUUGACACACUGCACACAUGAAAUAGGCUGAACGCAAAGUGCAGUGCUUAAGGUGUUCCUCUGACAGGGAUAGUGUUGCUAGUCCUUUUUUCUUGCUUUUUGUUAUCCUUAAAAUGUUUCAGACAAGGGACUGUUUUCCUUACGGAUCACUUUUCAGGGUUGUAGGCAUUGAGAAAGCCAAUAAAAGGCAUAAAAUAAAUGAUGUUCACCUUCCUA